AUGUCAACUUUUAAAACCCGAGAAGCUACAGCAAUAUCUAAUCAACGAAGAUUAUCUGGGGAUGAAUUGACAGCCAAGUUGUUGAGGGUGAAAAUAGCAGUUAAUGGAUCAUUAGUUGUCAACAUUAUAUUAUUUUGUCUACUAUUAUAUGCAACAAUUUCAUCGGGAGCUCUUUCAAUCUUUGCAAUGAUGGGUGAUUCACUUAUGGAUUUAUUAUCAAAUCUUAUUUUAUUUUUAACAGGAAGAGCAGCAAAUGUAAAAAAUUUAUUACAAUAUCCAACAGGUAAAGCUAGAAUGGAAACAGUGGGAAUUAUUGUUUUCUCUACACUAAUGUCAGCUUUAUCUAUUCAACUUUUUUCUCAUAAUGUUGAACUACAUUCAAAUACCAUAAUAUGUGUUGCAAUUGCUUUAUUUUCCAAAUCAAUCUUAUUAAUGUAUUGUUGGUCUCAGCGUCAAUUUCCUUCUGUUCAAAUCCUCAUUCAAGAUCAUCGAAAUGAUAUUAUCCUUAAUACAUUUGGUCUGAUGAUGUAUUUGUUAGGUGAAAAAAUUAAAUGGUGGAUUGAUCCAGUUGGUGGUGUUUUAAUGUCUUUAGUUAUUUUGAAAUGUUGGGGAAUAACUGCUUAUGAACAAAUCAAAUUAAUUGUUGGAAAAAGUGCCGACAUUUCAUUCUUACAACGAGCUACAUAUAUUGUUUUACAAGUUGAUACAUGUAGAGCUUAUCAUGCAGGUAAUAAAUUAUUUGUAGAGAUGGAUAUAGUUAUGGAUAGAGAUACUCCUUUAUGGGAAAGUCAUGACAUAAGCGAAAAUUUACAAAUUAAAUUAGAAAAAUUGGAAAAUGUUGAAAGAGCUUUUGUUCAUGUUGAUUACGAAACAAGUCAUAAACCUGAACAUCAAAAAGAAGAAUGA